AUGACUCAUGACAACAUCACCAUUCAGCUGGAGGUGCGCUUCCACGACAUCUUCAUUGCCUCAACAACUUUCUCCUUUUAUGACUGUUCUGCGGUGGCUUCCCUGAGGAGAUUUGCACCGUGCCAGGGGUGUGUGAGCAGCCAUUGGGGGUGUAAUUGGUGUGUCCAUCAACACCUCUGCACACACAAAUCUGUCUGUGAAAAUGGGCCCAUCAUCUACAACAGGAAGACUCAGAUCCUGGACUCCAGCCCAUUCCCUUCCUCAGCCACUCCGAGUACAACACAGUCAUCUUUGCCUGUUGUGGCCACUGAACCCCCUAAGGUCUCAGAAACACCGGGGACCACAUCCACGCCUGUCCCCACCAUCAUUCCCAUUAUCUACACCAGCUUGCCAGCCACUUCUGCCCUUACUACUUCGAAGCUUGAAACCCUUACUUCCACAGAGGCACCUCUAUCAACCCCAAGUAUUGUUACUUUGCUGGAGACAACCCGGGAUUCUCUGACAUUGCCUCCUACUGAAGUGCCCACUACUGCAACUCUUGGUCCUACCUCAGAAUACCUCUCCAGCAGCCAGCUGGAGAUACUUUCUUCCACAGUGCAUCCUACUUCAGAGCCCGCUACGGAUCCAGAAGAUGGCUCUACGGAUUCUUCCACUGCCAUGUAUAGCACCCCUCAGCCUGUCCUAGAGGGAAGGACUCCUUUCCUUGAAGCUGGAAGUUCCUCCACUCCAUCUUCUGCCCCUACAUCUUCUCCUCUAAACCCUCUCACCCCUAACCAGACCGGAAGCCCUUCCGCAUCUACUAACGUACCACCCAUGGACCUGGAGACUGAGCCUCCCAUUUUGGAGUUGCCUUAUCCUACAGACCUUCCAAAGUGGCUUCCUCCUGAAGACAUCGUAGAAUCCCAGGAGAGUGAGGAAUGGAUGGUUUCGCUGCCACCUGAAAAUGACACCUCCUCUUUCUCUGCAUCCAUCCUUCUCUCGGGUGACGGAGAUUCCUCUGAGAGUGACAUCUCUGAUUUCCCUCGAAUUCUGAACCCACUAGAUUAUCAAUAUGACGCACCUGGAUUUCUGGAUUUGACGGAGGAGUACAGCUGGGGGCCCGAAGCCUGUCCGUGUGUGACGAGCAUCCAGGGAUCCUCUCUGAUGCCGGUCAACGUGCAGAGAAAGAUCACCCUGAUUGGAAAAAACUUUCAUCUCUAUCAGGCAAGACGGUGGCAGAGGGUCAGUUGGGGUGUGUGUGAGAAGGUGUUGUGA